GCGGGAAGUUGAGAUGCGUCCUUCACGGUACGUGUUGAUGCUUCGCUGCUCCCGAUGAAGACCUCCGUCUGAGUGUGGACAUGCCACGUCGUUUGUCUAGGGCUCUGUCGGCAUCUGUGAUCAUAUGUUCCUCGCCCCAUCUCAGCUGCAAGCUGCUGCAUAUCAUGAUGCGCUCACCUUGUCACUUCUAUGACGCGGUAAUCCACGCGCAUGACCGCGUCGGGCAAUCAAUUAAUCAUGAGUCAAGUCAUGGGUGCUUUCGACCCUAUCGUACAUGUAGAAUUUCGAGAACAUGCCUCACUACUUACAAUUGAAUCCAGGCGAUUGCACGUCAUACAGCCGGGCGCAAUCGACCCUAUACAAUUCAUGAUGUUCAUGUAUGUACAGAAUAUGAAACAGUGCGUCAGCUAC